CCAUCUGAACACCAAGAGUGAACUAAACAAGAAGCGAAAAGCUUUUAUUACAAACAAACACACUGGCUAAUAGUCUGAAUUUCUGAGAUAACAAACUUCAGAUCAUUUACAUUUAACGUUAGCCAUUUUGGCAGCUCCUCGCGGGCAACACGUGUGUCAUGAAUACGCCGGUGACUCUUCAAACUUUCAAAGUAGAGCACUAGGAAGAGAGCAAAAGACGGAUGUAACACAAUGAACCGCGUCGCUGUUUAACGCCUGUUUAAACUGGAAUCACAUGUGGUUGUUUUAUGCUUUGGAGGAUUCAUACCUGUAUUUAUUGAUCGGGAUCGUCUCUCAAGCGUACAGUAGCGUGAAAGUGUGUGAAGGAUUUAUUAAAGGUUUCUAAUGGGAUCACAAGGGCCAGGACGUAAACGGACCCCCAGCAAAAAUGGGAUGACUGGGGAGGAAGAUGCCCUCAACUUGAUUGCAAGAGAGGCCGAAGCCCGUUUGGCAGCUAAGAGGGCGGCCCGUGCAGAAGCGCGUGAGAUCAGAAUGAAAGAACUGGAAAGACAACAGAAAGAGAUUUAUCAGGUGCAGAAGAAAUACUAUGGGCUGGAUAACCUGGACAACAAAUUUGGGGACAUUGAGCAGUGGAUGGAGGACAGUGAACGGUAUACACGCCUCUCACGGAGACAUGCUUCGGUGUCAGAUGAUGAAGAACGGAUGUCAGUGGGGAGCAGGAGCAGCAUGCGGUUGGACUUGGAUGCUCCUGGUGCUUAUGGCGGGCUUUCCCAGGCCGCCUCCACCUCUCAUUCACAGAAAAAGUCUAAGAAAAAGAAGAAACAUUCUUCCAAGACUAGCAACGGCUAUGAUGAUGAUCUCAGCCCAUUAUCUAGUCGGAACUCCAGACUCAGUGAUGAGAGCAAAAGGUCUCGCUCCUCGAGACUUGAUCUUCAGUCGAGUCUCUACAAUUCUGAACCAUACAGCAGCAGUAGUUAUUCCUCUAAACAUCAAGGCCUCUCCUACAAUGGCUAUCAGGGCUCUGUAUAUGAAGACAGUCUCUACAGCGGCUCUCGGCGCUCUGUUGCUCGUCCUUCAUCUGAAUACAGAGGUUCAAGCUCUAGGACCUCAUCCAGGGCAAAUUCUGCGUGCGGCAGCCCUGUGGAGGACUGCAGCAGUUCAGUGGCUAGUUAUAUACGCAGCGGUAGUAUCAGUGGUCUUUCUAGAGAUCUUGACCAUGUCAUUAUCCCUGACCUACCGGAUGUUAAUGGAAGACUGUCUAUGACUGAUGACCGGAUAGACCGUGACUACUUGGAAAAGGGCUCUUCGCGAGCAUCCACGAUAUCUGGCACCACUCUUACCUCUCUGGGUGGGACGUCCUCACGGAGAGGAAGUGGAGAUACAACCAUCACUGCAGACACAGAAGCCUCUAUACGGGAAAUCAAGGAGAUCCAUGAGCUUAAGGAUCAAAUUCAAGAUGUGGAGGCGAAGCACAUGCAGAACCUAAAAGAGAUGAAGGAUACCUUGUCGCAAGUGGAGGAUAAGUAUCGGAAGGCCAUGGUAUCCAAUGCACAGCUAGACAAUGAGAAAACCAACCUGAUAUAUGAAGUGGACACUUUAAAAGACUCUUUAAUGGAACUGGAGGAAAUGCUCUCUGAAACACGCCGUGAGCUUGAGGAGAAGAGUAAGGACCUUGAACGAGAGAAGCAUGCACAUAGUAUACUGCAGUUUCAGUUCAGUGAAUUAAAAGAGACGUUGAAACAAAGUGAAGAACUGCUAACUGAAAUCCGUCAGUUACGAAUGAAGCAGGACGGCUUUGUUAGAGAGGUUUCUGACCUUCAGGAAACUAUUGAAUGGAAGAAUAAAAAAAUUGGGGCAUUAGAGAGGCAGAAGGAAUUUUCUGAUGCCAUUCGCAAUGAGAGAGACGAACUCAGAGAUGAGGUCGUUCAGCUCAAAGAUAUUUUAAAGAAACAUGGUAUUGUUCUUGGACCUGAUCUAACCACCAAUGGAGAAACAGGUGAAGAAGUGGGAGAGGGCGACCAGAAUUCUCAAACAUCGUCUGCUGAGAUUCGAGAGGGCAGUAGUGUACUAGGCACUCAACAGUUGAAGAUCUGUAAAGACCAAAAAGAUUUGGAUGAGGAGGUCCAAGAGAAUCACGACUCGUUGAUUUCUACAAAGACAUCUUUAGAAACAAAUGACAAUGGAGACCUUAGGGAUGAAGUGAACCAGGGUGUAGAGCAGCACUCUGAUAACAAACCUGAAGAACCUCCAAGUUCUGUUGAUAAUGAUGAGGUCACUACAACCACACCUAUGGUUGAGAUCAAAGCAGAACAGCUUGUAUUGGAAGAUUCAAGGGAUAAUACUGUGGAAUCAGAGUGUGAGGUUCAUACCGAUGAACCUGUGGAAGAAAAUCAACAAGAGAUCACUAUAUGUGCCAAGCAUAGUGAGAUAAUUGAAAAAGAAACUUCAGUCUCUGGUCCAGUACUUGAUGAAAAUCAACCAAGUGAGUCAGUAAGCAAGCCUGUGGAGAAACCUGCUGAAUCAUCUCAAACCGAGAAAGCUCCACAGACUCAAGGUGGCAGUGCUUCAAAUAAAAAAAGGAGAAAGAAAAAGAAGGGCAAACAGAAACAGAAACAAAAUGAUAAGCAGGAGAGUGAAACAAAGAUAUGUGAUACAAGUGAAAAGAUUUUAAAUGAGAAUAAUCCAGACCAAAAACUGGAAAGUGAUCCAGAGGGAAGCCAUGAAGAGCAACUAGGGAAUGACGCAUCUACUGCAGUGCAUACAGAAGUCUCAGCUGAUUCACAUGACAAUACAAGAAACAUUGAAACAGACCGUGAUGAAAUAAUAAGCAUGAAUACAGUACCUGCAGAUGAUGCUAGAGAUCAGUUUCGAGUAAUCACAGAUGUGGUUGAUUCAGGAGAAACUUCUAACCCCAUAACCGAUUGUCCUGAAUCUACAACUGGCAACAUUAUUUCUAACCUAACAGAAGUUAUUGAUGACCAAACUAAAGAUUCAGAAAAUCUUGCUCAAGAGAUUUCUUCAGACAAAGAAGCUUUACUGUCUCAUGAACUUUCUGAUAAGUCCAUGGAUGCUGUUGACAGGUGUGUGGAAAAUCUUGAGUCCAUCAGUAUUUCUGAUAAUAUUGAGAAGUUUUUGUUGGUGGAUGACAAGGAAGGGAAGAGCCAUGUGGACAGUGUUGGAGUAGAAGAGGAGCCAAUGAUUCAAAUUAUUGAUCCAGGAGAGACAACUUUCCCUGGAGAUCAUGAUGAGUCAGCUUCAAAAUGUCAUCCCUCUUCAUCUGUUAUAGAGAAGGUAGAGAAUGAAUGUGAAAAGCUAAUCCAGGAACAAUCAACAAUGCCCACUGAUCAUGAGUUAGAAAACAUUCUUCAAAAUACUAUUGAAGUGGAGCAGAAAGAAAGUAAGACACAGACAGAUCAAGCUGAAUUGGUUGAAGAAGCUCUUAUAAUGCCUAGCAAAGAAGUAUUCAUUGGAGACAGUAAUAUAGACACUGCUGUAACUGAAUCUCAGGUUCCAGUUUUAGAAAAGUGUGAAGGUGAGGAAGGAAGAUCAUUGCAUGGUGAGCUUCUACCUGAGGUUCAAUAUACUGGAGAGAAGGAGGCAGAUCAGGAAUCAAUAGAGUUAGGAGACUCCCACCAUGAAUCCAAGUUAGAAAAAGGUGAGGAUGAGAACAAAACAUCAUGUCAAGGUCAGGUUAUACUUGAAACACUGCCUGAGGAUAAGGAUAUUAUGGUGGGAAAAGAUGAGGAGGAUGGCAAGAAAACAUCAGUCAGAGAUGAGGUUAUGGUUGAAACGCAACCAACUGGAAAGGAUGAAGAUAUUCUGCUGAAGAAAGGUGAUGAGGAUAUAAAGGAAGGAUCAGUCCAAGAUCAGGUUAUGGUUGAAACGCAACCACCUGGGGAGAAUGAAGAUAUUCUGGUGGGAAAAACUAAGGAGGAUGAAGAGGAAGGAUCAGUUCAAGGUCAUGUUAUGCUUGAUGAACUUUCUGUGGAGAAUAAGGCUAUUCUGGUGGAAAAAGUUGAGGAGGAUGAGAAUGAGAGAUCAGUUCAAGAUCAGGUUAUGCUUGUAACACAACCGACUGAAAAGGAUGAAGAAAUUCUGUCGGAAAAGGGUAAGGAGGAUGAGAAGGAAGAAUUAGUCCAAGAUCAGGUUAUGCUUGAAACACAACCGACUGAAAAGGGUGAAGAAAUUCUGCUGAAAAAGGGUAAGGAGGAUGAGAAGGAAGAAUCAGCCCAAGAUCAGGUUAUGCUUGAAACACAAACGACUGCGAAGGAUGAAGACAUUCUGCAAAAAAAAGAUGAGGAGGAUGAGAAGGAAGAAUCAGUCCAAGGUCAAAUUAUGCUUGAUACACAACCACCUGGAGAGAACAGAGAUAUUCUGGUCGAGAAAGGAGUGGAAGAAGAGAAGGAAGGACCAGUUCAAGAUCAAGUUAUGAAUGACACGCAGCUGUCUGGAGAGGAUGAAGGCAUUUUGGUUGAGUCAGUUACAGUUUCUCCAGAGCAGAAGGGAGAAGAUGAGGAGGAAGAUGAAGGAGAAUCAUUUGAUUUUGAUGAAAUGGAUCUGGAAGCAUCAUCAGAAGACCCUUUGAAACAACAAUGUCAAGAUAAACCAAAUAAAGAAGUUACUCUGUCAAAAGAAAGUGUGCAAGAAGACCAGACUAAAAAAGGCAGUGAACCUCUGGAACCAAAGAACCAAAUGGAUGAUGGACAAACAACAACAGAGGUAGACGCUUGUUUAACAGAGGACAGUCAAGUUGACCAGAAAGACAUUGAACCUAAUCAACAACAGCACAAUACAUCUGAACGUAAAGAAUGUACAGUUGAGGAACAUGAGCAAGGAUCAGAAGAACUGAGGCACAAUGAAGGAACUGAUGAUUGUACCUCAGAAUUAGAGACAAAAAAUGUAGAACAGGAGAAGAAUAGUUACAUUCCACAAGAAGACCAGGAACCAAACAUAUCAAGAGAGCAGGAAGUUGAAAAACCGACAGCAGGGAACGGCAAGGAAGAUGAUAGAAAGGAGUCUAAGAAAAGUGCCAAGAAAGGGAAGGGCAAGGGGAAAGAAGAAUGUAAAAUGUCUUAAUGGGCCACAAAUGUGCUGAUUUGAUUUUCUCAACAUCUAUUCAACAAGUAACAGUGCACUUACGAAGAUACCCAAUGAUACUGUUGUGAAACUUUAAAGACUUCUGAGAAUCCUGGAAUUCCAUCUUAAUAAUGUCAUGUAAUUUCAUUACAACUAUUUUCACUGCAAAUAUGUGUGUUAUUCAUUAAUAUUUUACAUCUGACCAAAACUGCUAAAUGCAUUUUUAGUUCAAACAGAAUGCUUGAAAUGUCAGUCAUUCACACAUCAGAUUCUGGAAGUAAUAGGUAAAAAUAUCAUAUUUAUUUUAUAAUCAAUUUUACAAAAGCAUGUAAUAAAAUGUUUCUUAGAAUGAUGAAUAAGGUUUUUGUUACUGGUUUUUCAAGUUACCAUCCUGUUCUGUCUGCCACAGUCAUGAAUAGCAGCAAGAUCUGUCAGCUUUCGAAUUCAAGUGUUUUCCAUUGAAUGUAUGCCAUACUGUAUGUUGUUUAAUAGAUUUGUUUUAUGUGGUAAAUAAAGUCUUUGUGUCACUUUACUAUCAAA